UUUAAGUCUUAUAUUUGUACAUUAUUUAUAUAAGUUACAAUGUAUACUGAAGAAAAUUCUGAUAGAGACGACGAUUGUGAAGACGAACGUCUCAACGAAAGCCAAAAUGUUAUAAGGAAGUCUCUAUCUACGGUUGGAUUUCGAAUCAAUCCUGAAAACCAAAGCGCCAGGCCUUUAGCUUUACGUUCGACACAAUCAUUCACUGGGACAGUAGAAGAACUUCGAUUUUGUAAUAACUUUCAGAGACUAAAUGUCUGUAAUCGCGUUAUGACCACACCCCGUCUAGCAGCGGUGUGUCCAUGUGGGUGCCUCAUGCGACCGGCAGCGACAAUACCUUUUAGAACGAGAGAGAGAAAUACAUUGGCCUUGCACAUCGUUUCUCCUGAAGUACUAAAUUAUCACGGUUAUAACUUUGAGCCGUCUCACAUAGCUAUGUUUUGGAAGAAAGAUUGCAGAAUGUUUUUAUGGAAAGGAAAAACGAAAAAAAAUCUUCAAGAUAUGAAUAACAAAUGAUUUAAAUAC